AUGUCUGAAUCUACGACAUCAAACAUCGGACAUUUACGGGAGUUCGAUCCCGCCAUUUCGGAAUGGUCCAUUUUUAAAAGAAGAAUUGACAAUUACUUCGUUGCAAAUACGAUCACGGACGAAAAACGGAAAGGAGCCAUCCUGUUGAAUGUCCUUAGCGAAGAAGCUUACAAGCUAGUGUUUAACAUGUGCUUGCCGGAGGAACCAGAAACUAAAACAUACAAAGUACUCAGUGAUCUACUCACUAAUCAUUUCAAACCGAGUGAAAGUGUAUUUGCUGCACGAUACAAAUUUUAUACAGCUAAGAAGGGAUCAACAGAAACUGCAAAAGAAUGGGCAGCUCGUCUAAGAAAUUUUGCAGCGCAGUGUCAAUUUAAUAAUUUACAACUAGAAAUGGUUCUGAGGGACAUAUUCAUAGUAAACUACGACAAGGGAAAUGUUCAAGAUCGUCUUCUGGAAGAAAAAAAUUCAGUAACUUUUACUGAAAUGGUUGAAUUGGCAUCAGCAAAAUCUGCUGCGACGCAGGCAUCGAUGAAUAACUGGGAGAAUUUAAUCAAGAAAGAAGUGGAUUUGCAUUACGCAGGUACACAGUCAUGUCAGAGUGUAUCGAAGAAGGGGAGUCCACCGAAUCAAGAAUCGUCAAGAACAUCCAGUAAUCAACAGAACAAAUGCGAAAUCUGUGGAAGACGGAAUCACUCAAAAGAUAAGUGUUUUUAUCGCGAUUGUCUCUGUCACUUCUGUGGUAAAAAAGGUCACCUCGCAACAGUUUGUAAACAAAAACAGGGAAAUUCAAAGGCUAGACCUCUUCCGUUCGCCAUGAGGGAGAAAGUUGAGCAGGAACUGGAAAGGCUUCUGAGUUUAGGGGUCAUCGAACCAGUUGAUUAUUCACCGUGGGGAACGCCAGUGGUGCCCGUGAUUAAAAAAGAUGGUUCAGUAAGACUGUGCGGAGAUUUUAAGGUAACACUUAACCCUCACAUCGAAAUUGAUAAAUAUCCUUUGCCUCGCAUAGAACAACUCUUUGCUAGCCUUCAGGGCGGUGAACAUUUCACGAAAUUAGAUUUAGCCAAUGCUUAUACCCAGUUGAUGGAAUCGUUGUUACAAGGAGUAGAUGGUGUUGUAAUUUUUAUUGACGAUAUAGUCGUUACUGGUAAGGAUAGAGCCGAACAUCUCGAGAGGUUGGAGAAAGUAUUCGAGAGAUUACAGGAUGCGGGUUUCAAAAUUUCCGUCAAUAAAUGCGAAUUUUUCAAAUCAAAAAUUACAUAUAUGGGUUAUCAAAUUGAUAAAACCGGUUUGCAUACUUGUCAGGAGAAAAUCGAGGCUUUCAAUAAAGCGCCGGUGCCAAAAGAUAUCUCACAGCUCAAAUCAUUCCUUGGUUUGGUGAACUACUACGGAAAAUUCGUGCCAAAUCUAUCAUCGAUUUUACACCCGUUGUAUAAUUUGUUGAGGGAUAGGGUACAAUGGCAGUUGGGAAAUGUAACAUGGAAACGUCACUUGGAUCAGAUUAUUCCCAUGUCUUCUGAUGCUUUGGCACUUCCGGGGGAGAUUAAUAGCGAGUUGCUUGAUCCAGGUGAGGUUUCUCAUGAGGAAAAUGAAGUGAAUCAAGAUUUACCUGAGAGAUCUGAUGAGUUGGUUUCCGAGUAUGAAAGUAAUGUAAUAACGAGACCAAGACGAAAUAUUAGACCUGUAGAGCGUUUAACUUAUGUUUAG